AUGGCCUUCACCAUCACCGUCCUCUUUCCCAAUGAACCCGAUGCCAAAUACGACUUCGAUUACUACGUUUCUAACCACAUGCCUCUAAUUCAGGAGCGCUGGGGCAAAUACGGCGUCAAGAGCUGGUCGGCAACGCAAUUUACUAGUGGAUUGGAUGGUUCACCAAGUCCCUACGCCUUCGGAUCCGUCGUCGAAUGGGAAAAUGCGGACCAAGUCAAGACUGCCUUUGAGGGACCUGAAGCCGCCGAGAUCAUGGGAGAUGUCGCCAACUUUAGCAACAAGCAGGCCCUUUUCCUUCUGGGCCGAGUCGCACACUGA